AUGCCGCCGCUGGGUUGGUGGUGGUGGGUGGCGGUGGCGGUGGUGGCGGUGGCCGUGGGGGUAACCGGGGGGGGGUCCGAAGCGCAGCCCCCCCCCCCCGAGGCCGCCUGCCCCGUGUGCCUCUGGCGGCGGCACAGUAAGGAGCUGCGCCUGGAGAGCAUCAAAUCGCAGAUCCUCAGCAAACUGCGCCUGAAGGAAGCGCCCAACAUCACCCGCGAGGUGGUGAAGCAGCUCCUGCCCAAAGCCCCUCCGCUCCAGCAGCUCCUCGACCUCCACGACUUCCAGGGGGACUCCCUGCAGCCCGAUGAGUACCUGGAGGAGGACGAGUACCACGCCACCACCGAGACCGUCAUCAGCAUGGCUCAGGAAACGGACCCCGUGGUGCAGAUCGAGGGCAACCCCCACUGCUGCUUCUUCAACUUCAGCCCCAAGAUCAUGUUCACCAAAGUGGUGAAGGCGCAGCUGUGGGUCUACCUGCGGCCGGUGCAGCACACCUCCACCGUCUACCUGCAGAUCCUCCGGCUGAAGCCGGUGACGGAGGAAGGCAGUCGCCACAUCCGCAUCCGAUCGCUGAAGAUCGACCUCAACUCCCGUAUCGGGCACUGGCAGAGCAUCGACUUCAAGCAUGUCCUCCAGAACUGGUUCAAGCAGCCGCAGAACAACUGGGGCAUCGAGAUCAACGCCUUUGACCCCAACGGCAACGACUUGGCCGUCACCUCCUUAGGACCAGGAGCUGAAGGGCUGCACCCCUUCAUGGAGCUGCGGGUGCUGGAGAACAACAAGCGCUCGCGACGCAACCUCGGGCUGGACUGCGACGAACACUCCACCGAGUCGCGCUGCUGCCGUUACCCUCUGACCGUUGACUUCGAAGCCUUCGGUUGGGACUGGAUUAUCGCUCCCAAGAGGUACAAAGCCAACUACUGCUCGGGGCAGUGCGAGUACAUGUUCAUGCAGAAGUACCCGCACACGCACCUGGUGCAGCAGGCCAACCCGCGGGGCUCGGCCGGGCCGUGCUGCACGCCCACCAAGAUGUCCCCCAUCAACAUGCUCUACUUCAACGACAAACAGCAAAUCAUCUACGGCAAAAUCCCCGGCAUGGUGGUGGACCGAUGCGGCUGCUCUUAGAAGCCCCCCAUGCUCACCCCCUUCCGCCGCCAAACUCCGCUGUUUUUAUCGCCGCCGUUGGGGUUUUUUGCCUUCUCGUUCGCUUUGAUAAACAACCGAC